CUGCUGCUGUCUUGCGGCAAGUCAGUCAAGUCAGAACCAUGCAGGUAGUCUUACCGUCGGGUAGGAUGCUGCCCAGGUGGUCGUGUGUGGCCUUGCUUUACACACUUGCUUCUCUCAAUGGCAUCCACGGAGAGGAAAAAUGCGAGAAGAGAAGCAGAGCCGUGUGGUACAAUGCUAGGACUGAACACGAGGGAAUGGGUCUGAGUGAUGCUGAACUUCAGAAAAUCGGUGGUUUGAUGGAUAUGAACUAUUUCCGCAAAGUGUUGAACCCCAUUCUAGUGCCCAGGGUGGUGGGUACCGAGAGCCACGCGAGAGUGCGCCAGCACUUGAUAAAUACCAUGCAGAACCUGGGUUGGACGAUCGAGGAGGACCAGUUUGAUAACAACACCCCCAUCGGCAGAAAAACCUUUACGAACGUGGUGGCAACCCUUGACCCAGAGGCCCCCCGGCGCCUGGUCCUGGCUUGCCACUACGACUCGAAGCUGGACCGCGAGGGUGUCUUCGUGGGUGCCACCGACUCCGCAGUGCCUUGUGCCAUGAUGCUCCACCUCGCGAAGGUCUUGGGGAAGAGUCUGGAUGACAGCCGGCAGACGUGUAAGAAGAAGAAGGGGAAGCCAGGAAAAAAAUGUCGUAAAACGGUGCUCAAGAAAAAGUUCAGAAAACUCAAAACCUUUGCAAAAGAGACCCAAAGCAAUGAAGCCUCCAAUAUGACCACGGAACCACAGGUGCCAAGAAAGUGUUUAUGGAAAAUUAGAUGUUGUGCAAUGCCAAUGAAAAAAUACAAGCUUACCUUUGUCCCAUUGGUACAAUCAGACCUGACCCUGCAGUUCCUCUUCUUCGAUGGGGAGGAAGCUUUCCGAAGGUGGUCCAAGGAUGACUCCCUUUAUGGUGCUAGGAAUUUAGCAGCAAAAUGGAAGCAAAACUUGUAUCCAGCAAGGAACCGUGAUGGAACGAAUCACUUGCACAGGAUUGACCUGUUUGUGCUCCUGGACCUUAUCGGGACAGAAGACGUCCGGUUCUUCAGCUACUUCCCAGAGACGGAUUCUUGGUACACCAGACUCGUGUCGUACGAACAGAGGCUGAACGACUUGGGAAUCCUGAACAGGCGUAGGUUCAUGUUUGAGCAGCAGAGGCUGUACAAUUCACACAUUGAAGAUGAUCACAUUCCCUUCUUGGAGAGAGGCGUACCUAUUCUUCACGUCAUUCCAGUCCCCUUCCCAUCCGUGUGGCAUAAAAACUCAGACAACGAGUCGGCUCUUCACUACCCGACCAUUAAGAAUUUCAAUACCAUUAUCUCUGCCUUCGUAGUGGAUUACUUGCACCUGGUCCUAUAGGGGUACGCCCAGGAUGCAGCAUUACAUGACGACCUUUGAAGAUAGGACAAACCUUAAGUGUUGCUCAGUUUUAUCUGUGCAAAAGAAAAACAAGACAACAAAGAAGUGAUAAAGGAAAUAGGAUUAUUAUGAUUUUUUUUUUUCCUUUUUUUUUCUUGGGGAGGUCUUUGCGAUGAAGAUCAUUUUAUUUUUGAUAUUUAGCUUUUAUUAAGUUUGUUGAUAUUUGACAUACAAUUAUACAGAUUUCAGCUUCUCUGUAUAAGCUGAACAGUUGCACAAAUUUUUUUUAUAUAUAAUCUUAACACUCUGGAGAUUUAUAUUACUAACACUAGUAUUUUUUGUAAUGAAAGUUUACUCUUAAAUUUGUUUUGAAUUUAGCCGGAUAUGAUCUGAAAUGAAUAAUGCUGUAUUCCUGGAAAAAAAUAAAUAACCAUUACGCUUUGUUUGCCUAACAAAGUUUGAAAAAAUAGACUUGCUCUUGGACAGGUACCCAGAUUUCUUUCAGUUUACCUAUUCUGAUGGUCUCAGUAGGUAAGCUGUUUUGGUUGUGACGGCACAAUUUUGGUUACCAGAUUGAGUGGUAACGACACUUGGUUAGAUUUCCUAUAAUAGCCCUAUUACAGAAUUUUAGUUCGAGUCUCACAUAUCACAUAAAGUAAUCUAUAUUACAGAAAUUUUAUAAGUCUGUAACUGAAUUCUUAUUUUGAGUCACAUAUCACAUGUAAUAGACUAUAUUCUAGAAUUUUAUCUUAACCCAGCGCCGAUGGGUGAUUUCCCCUCUCUCCCGGGUUGUGGCUCAAACCCUGCUACCUGGGGCUCGUGUCGUCACCCUAAUGUGCUUGGCAUGACCAUACAUGCCCCGAAAAACGGGAUUGGUGCACCAUGGCAUGUAUGCACAUGCCUCCCGGAACAUAGUCCAGGCAUGCCACCCAGUCGGCUAAGGGUUAAUAGCUCGUGUUAUUGAACUUUUAUAUACCUAUAACUAAAGUUUUAUUUUGAGUCUUACAUAUCACUUUUGUCAUUUCAUCACCUUUGAUGCAUUACAUACCUCAGAAGUCAA